AUGGCGAACAAGAAAUCUCCAGUGGCUGGUCGAGCGUGGCGCCUGCUGCGCAUAGCGCUUCUCUGGGCUCGAAAGGGCGGAGCAUUCAGACGCGGGGUGAUGCUCGACCUGCGCACUGUCUUCAAGGGCAUCCGUGCACACAAUGCACGUGCAGAACGCAUUGGCUACUGCGAGCGAGAGUUCUCGUUCGACGAGACUCCACUCUUCACCUUCAAAAUACACAAGCCCGCAUCAAAGCGGCUGUCCAAGAUCCCCUGCAUUACUCCAGCAGUCGAUGAGUUGGAGAAUGAUGGUGGUUGGGUUUACUACAAGAAAAGGGAUUUUAUUGAGAAGGAAGCAGAAGAAGGAGAGUAUUUGAGUGCUGAGGAAUCCGAAGAGGCCGAGGAAUUGGAGGAGGAGGGGAUUGAUUCGAAGGCAGAGGAGUUUAUAGCGAGAUUUUACAGAGAGAUGAAGUUUGAGAGGCAGGUUUCAUUGUUGGAGUAUAGUGACAUGCUUUAUAGGGGAAUAAAUUGA